AACCGCAGUGGACGGCUAUGUAUAUUGAUCUAUAUAAAGACGGUGAUAUUCGUCUUAAAGCGACGGAUUUAUAUAUCAAAUGUUGAGUCAUUGGAAGGUAAUACAAAUUACGUGCUACUCGCGGGCUUUUGAGGAUGAACAGCUUUGAGGAGUUUAAAGCAAAGUCGCGGGAGUCAUUAGAAACGGGAGAUUUCUCGUGGCUUAAAUACCUUCCUCGUGAUCCUAGAUUCCCAAAUACGAACCAGACACCUACUUGUAGACAAAACUACGUGGACUAUCACCGAUGCAAAAAAGUGUAUGGGGAAGACUACAAGCCUUGCAACUAUUUUCUACAUGCGGCUAAAUUAGCAUGUCCGUCGACAUGGGUAGAAAAAUGGGACAGAGAAGUCGAAAACAACAUGCUGCCAUAUAAAAUCUAAUUUAACCUUAUUACUUUUCUUGUUUGUACCUAGACAUCUCUGUAAGGAAAUAGAUAUUUCAGAAAGUCUGUUCUCUUAACUUCGAGAAGUAUUGUUGGAAUUGCUUAGCUAAUAUAAAGUUUUAAAGAAUAA